AUGGCGUCUUCAGAACAAAAUGCACGGGCUUCUGGCCUAGCAGAUGGCGUAUCCCCGUCACACACUUAUAUUCCUAAUCAAGGAUAUUUGAACGCUGGAGGCACUAUCCUCACUAUGGCGGGGCAAGACCGUACAGCGCAAGAAGCCGAAGACGAGGACGAUGAAUACUAUGAUGAUAUUUUCGAAGAAGACCUUGACGAAGAGAAUUUUGCGUCAUCGAAUCCCGCUGAUUUGACGAAAGCCUACAAUCGCCAGCGAAAACUGAAUGAGCUUUCCGCCGACCCUAGUGCCCCCAAAUGGACCUACCCAAAGACGAACUCCCAAAAGCCGACCGUUAACACACAUGCGUCCGUUGAUGACGAAAUAAAGUCGUUAACUCGCCAUGCAAACAAGAUUAAACUGGAUGACAUACAGUCCGGCUUGGCGGUUCGUGGUGAGCGCGGUGGCGACAGAGCCGACAGAGCAACGUCCGAACAAGUUCUGGAUCCUCGUACACGAAUGAUUCUACUCCAAAUGAUUAAUCGAAAUGUUGUCUCGGAGAUUCAUGGAUGCUUAUCUACUGGAAAAGAGGCCAAUGUUUAUUACUCACUGCUCUUCCCCGGCGACGACGACGCUGCACCUGUCCACCGUGCUAUCAAGGUGUACAAAACAAGCAUUUUGGUGUUCAAGGACCGAGACAAGUAUGUGACUGGGGAGUUCAGGUUCAGGCAAGGGUACAGCAAGAGCAACAACCGAUCAAUGGUGAAACUAUGGGCAGAAAAGGAAAUGCGAAAUCUGCGUAGAAUUCAUUCCGCAGGAAUCCCUUGCCCAGAGCCCAUUCAACUGCGUCUCCAUGUCCUUGUGAUGGGAUUCCUCGGGAGUUCCAAGGGUGUUGCAGCUCCCCGACUGAAGGACGUGGAAUUUGAUAUUCCAAACCCCCACACCAAAUGGCGUGAGAUCUAUAUAGAACUGCUGGGCUACAUGCGCGUGAUGUACCAGACGUGUCGCCUUGUUCAUGCGGAUCUGAGCGAGUAUAAUAUGCUUUACCAUAAAAACAAGCUCCACAUCAUUGAUGUUAGUCAGAGUGUGGAGCAUGACCACCCUCGCAGUUUAGAGUUCCUGCGCAUGGAUAUCAAGAAUAUCAGCGACUUCUUCCGUCGGAAGAAUGUCGACGUUCUCCCUGAACAGACGGUAUUCCAAUUCAUUAUCUCUGCUAACGGUCCUACCUCCCCUAUGCCAAGCGAGCCUAUGCUCGGUGCCAUUGACAAGCUCUUCACUAUGAGAGAGGAGACAUUGGAUGAUGAGCAACAGACUGCCGCAGAGCGCGAAGUAGAUACUGCUGUAUUCCGCCAACAAUAUAUUCCUCAAACAUUGGAACAGGUCUACGAUUUUGAGCGUGAUGCCGAGAAAGUACACGCUGGCAAGGGCUCAGACCUUGUAUACCGGGACCUCCUCGCAGAUGAAGGGUCCCGUAAGAAGCGCGAAAGUGACGCCGGAUCGGACACCAGUGGGGGCGUUUUCGUCGACGGGUCGGAUCCUGAAGAAGAGGAGGAUGAUGAAAAUAAAGAUCCAUUUGAAAAGAAGCCUCCCCGCGGACGACGUUUCGAGGACAAAGAUUCCAAGCGCGAACAUAAGCAAAAGGUCAAGGAAGAGAAACGUGAAAAGCGUGCCAGCAAGAUGCCUAAGCAUAUGAAGAAGCGCCUCGUCUCUUCUUCUUCGUCAAAGAAGAAAUGA